AUGGCAUCUGCUUCCGAAGAAAAUUUUUCAGGGGAGAUUGCGUUUGAAAAUUUCAACAUUCACAAUGCGGCUGGAGUGGACUUGUCCGAGUUGCAUUCAGCUGAUGGCAGGAGCAUACCCCGCAAGUUGUGUCUGGUCUGCAACGAUUUCGCAUCUGGCCUGCACUAUGGCAUCCCUUCGUGUGAGGCUUGUAAGGCUUUCUUCAAGAGAACUGUUCAAGGCAACGUUGAGUACUCCUGCUCAGCCAGUGAGGAUUGUGAGAUAACAAAAAGGAGGAGGAAGGCGUGCCAGGCGUGUCGCUACAAGAAAUGUUUGAUGGUCGGCAUGCUGAAAGAAGGAGUUAGGAUAGACAGAGUGAGAGGUGGGAGACAAAAAUACAAAAGAGUGGAACCGGGUACAUCUCCGUAUGGAAAUUCCAUGUCUAAAAUUAGCAUUGAGAGUAAGAUCAUGAGCGGGUUACUGGAGUCGAUCGAACCCGAGAAGUUAUUCGCCUUUCCUGAUGACUCAAUAAAUGAUAUGGAGCUUAAAUUCAACACAUCCCUAUCUGAUCUGACUGACAGAGAAUUAUUGGCUACAGUUAACUGGGCAAAAUCAGUUUCAGGAUUUCUUGAGUUGAGUACGAUCGAUCAGAUGUACCUGUUGCAGAACGUCUGGCUGGAUAUAUUUCUGUUGAAUGUUGCUUACAGAUCCAUGCCCUACACAGGCACCAUCAUCUUCUCAGAUGAUUUCACUUUGAAAGAUUCAGAAUGUAGAAUGUGUGGCGUCAGUACGGAGUUCAAUUCUCUCCUGAGAAAGUUAUGCAGCAAGCUGACAGGUCUGAAGGUUAGCAAGGAGGAAUACAUGUACAUGAAGACCAUACUACUAUUUAAUCCAGAAACUGAAUAUCUCCAGCACAAAGAUCAAGUCCAAAAACGACGCGAAAAGAUGCAAGAUUACCUGCAAGAAGUCUGCAUCAUCCAGGGCAGCCAAGGUACGGCCCGUCUUUGUUCACUAAUCUUCAUCUUGGCCUCCUUACACAACGUUAGGGCUGCUGCCAGAAAUUACUGGCUGGCCGUCAAAAACGAGGGUAAAGUUGGCCUUCACAAACUUCUCUGUGAGAUGUUGGAACUCAUGGAUGAGGAUUCAUGGUAUUUUGUUUAGGAAUCCGCUAAUUUGGGUGUUUAUUGGGUAGAUUUGAGACUAACACGCCGGCAUGUUUGUGUAUUUUAUGAUAGGUAUUCUCAUUAUCAGAGCGUGUACCGUAUUUUUUCAGUUGCUCUUGUUGACUUAAUUGUUCUUUUUUCAAUAAAUUGUUUGUAGUUUUUUUCGUUGUUUGUUAAACUUUAUUUUAUUUUUUAAUUGUGAUUUCUCCUUUAAUUUAAAGUUUUAUUGUUAGUUGGUGUGUAAUAUUCUGAUUACCUUUUAUAACGCGUCAGUGUAGUUUUAUAUGAAAACAGUUGAAAAUAUCUGUCUGCUUAUGUUAAUGAGUGGGCCUAGAUGGUUUUUAAAGAGCUGAUACGCAUAUCAAUCAGUUUGCACUAGUUUGCAUAUUUAAUAGUUUGUAUUUAUUUGAAUAUUAAUCAGUUAGCAGCAUUUUGUUAGUAUUUAUUCAUUUCAAUAUCAGUUAAUCAAACGUAUUCGUUUUGUUCUUAUGUAGAGAACUAAGUAGCUAUGCAUCUUUGUUUUGUCAACUUUCGUAUAUCGAAAUUAAAGAUAAAAUUAUCUUGCUUUCGAUACUUUUGAUAUAUUUAUUUAUUUAUAUUUUGAUAUAUUUAUUUAUUUGUAUUUUAUAUAUAUUGAUAUAUUAUAUUUCUCAGAAAUAAUUUGGAUAGAUAUAUGUAAACUAUUUAAUGACACAAAUCUAUGUUUUCACAUUUGUGGAUAUUUGUACUGCAGACUGCUAUUGAAUUACUUGCUGAUCAGUGCAUCAACUUUUGUGCUAGAGAUAUUUUUUGGUACAAAAAACUAUUUUGGUACCUAGAACAGUGUUUUAUUUCUAUUAUUAGUUAUUUAUUUAUUUAUUUACUUAUUUAUUUAAGAUAUAAUUGUCAAUAAACCAAUAAAACUCUUUAUGAUAAUAUAGAUUUACAAUUGAUGAUGAAUGUUUUAUUGUUACUAACACCAUCAAACUCAAUUGAUUAAUUGUUUUGUGCGUGUGUGCGUGCGUGUGUGCAAUUGAAAAAUUUGUUUUUAAAAAUGAAUUCAUAUCAACAGUACAAUUAAGUUUCAUGACCAACAAUAAUAAUUAAGAAUCAAA